UUUCUGAUGUCCUGGAGUCAACUCGAGACUGAACCAUGGUCAUUCUGCAGCAGGGGGACUAUGUGUGGUUGGACCUCAAGACGGGACGAGAGUUUGACGUCCCAGUUGGAGCUGUGGUGAAACUCUGCGACUCUGGACAGAUCCAGGUUCUGGAUGAUGAAGGCCGGGAACGUUGGAUUUCCCCUCAGAAUUCCAUCAACAUCAAGCCCAUGCAUCCAACCUCCGUCCACGGGGUGGAGGACAUGAUUCGACUGGGCGAUCUAAACGAAGCUGGCAUCCUCCGCAACCUGCUCAUCCGCUACAACGAGCACGUCAUAUAUACGUACACAGGCUCCAUCCUUGUCGCAGUGAAUCCAUAUCAGCUGCUGCCCAUUUACACUCCUGACCAGAUCCGCCUCUACACCAAUAGGAAGAUAGGAGAGAUGCCGCCACACAUCUUCGCCAUCGCUGACAACUGUUACUUCAACAUGAAGCGCAACAACAAGGACCAGUGCUGCAUCAUCAGCGGAGAAUCUGGAGCUGGGAAGACGGAGAGCACAAAGCUGAUCCUGCAGUUCCUCGCAGCCAUCAGCGGUCAGCACUCCUGGAUCGAGCAGCAGGUCCUGGAGGCCACGCCCAUCCUCGAAGCUUUUGGCAAUGCCAAAACGAUUCGUAAUGACAACUCCAGUCGCUUUGGGAAGUAUAUAGACAUCCACUUCAACAAACGAGGGGCCAUAGAAGGAGCCAAGAUAGAGCAGUACCUCCUGGAGAAGUCUCGCGUCUGUCGGCAGGCUCCUGAUGAGAGGAACUACCACAUUUUCUACUGCAUGUUGAGGGGCAUGGCUCCAGAGAUGAAAGCUAAACUGGGUCUGGGCCUGGCUGCAGACUACUCCUACCUCACCAUGGGAAAGUGCACAGAAUGCAACGGUCGUGACGACCUCGGCGAUUAUUCCAGCAUCUUGUCAGCCAUGAAGGUCCUCAUGUUCACAGAGACGGAGAACUGUGAGAUUUCCAAGCUGUUGGCUUCCAUCCUGCAUAUGGGCAACUUGCGGUUUGAGGCUCGCACAUACGACAACCUGGAUGCCUGUGUGGUUGUGCGAUCUCCUGAUCUGAUGACUGCUGCUUCCCUCAUGGAGGUGGAGCCUAAAGACGUGAUGGUGUGUUUGACCACUCGGACCCUCAUCACACGUGGCGAAAGUGUCACCACGCCGCUGAGUGUGGAGCAAAGCCUGGAUGUCAGGGACGCCUUUGUCAAGGGAAUCUACGGGAGGCUGUUUGUCUGGAUUGUAGAUAAAAUUAACGCUGCCAUCUAUCGACCUCCUUCUUGUGAGAGUAGCAUCAUAAGAAGAUCUAUUGGACUUCUGGACAUCUUUGGCUUUGAGAACUUUUUCGUCAACAGUUUUGAGCAGCUGUGCAUCAACUUCGCCAACGAGAACCUGCAGCAGUUUUUUGUUCGACACGUCUUCAAACUGGAGCAGGAGGAGUACAACCUGGAGGACAUCAGCUGGCAGCACAUCGAGUUCACGGAUAAUCAGGACGCGCUGGACAUGAUUGCCAACAAACCGAUGAACAUCAUCUCCCUUAUUGAUGAAGAGAGCAAGUUUCCUAAGGGGACAGAUGCUACAAUGCUGUAUAAGCUCAACUCGCAGCAUAAACUUAACUCCAACUACAGUCCUCCUAAAAACAGCUACGAAACCCAGUUUGGCAUCCAGCACUUUGCUGGAAUGGUGCACUACGAGUCCAGAGGGUUUCUGGAGAAAAAUCGAGACAGCCUCCACACAGACAUCAUCCAGCUCGUCCACUCGUCCAAGAACAAAUUCAUCAAGCAGAUCUUCCAGGCGGAUGUUGCCAUGGGUGUUGAGACGAGGAAGCGUUCUCCCACUCUGAGCAGCCAAUUUAAACGUUCCCUGGAGAUGCUGAUGAGGACGCUCAGCGUGUGUCAGCCGUUCUUUGUCCGCUGCAUAAAACCCAACGAGCUCAAAAAACCCAUGUUGUUUGACAGAGAGCUGUGUAUUCGUCAGCUGCGUUACUCGGGCAUGAUGGAGACCAUCCGGAUCAGGAGAGCAGGUUAUCCCAUCAGAUACAGCUUUGCUGAGUUUGUGGAUCGUUAUCGAGUCCUGAUGCCCGGCAUCAAACCUGCUCACAUUCAGGCGGACCUGCGGGGGACCUGUCAGCAGAUUGUCUCGGCCCGGCUGGGUAAACAUGAAGACUGGCAGAUCGGAAAAACUAAGAUUUUCCUAAAGGACCACCACGACAUGCAGCUGGAGAUCGAGCGGGACGAGGCCAUCACAGACAAGGUCAUCCUCAUCCAGAAGGCCGUGCGUGGACUUAGAGCGAGGACAAACUUCCUCAGACUGAGACGUGCCGUGAUUUUUGUUCAGAAGCUCUGGAGGGGUUAUCGAAGCAGGAAAAACUACCAGAUUAUGAAGUCCGGUUUCAUUCGCCUGCAGGCGGUCUGCAGGUCGAGGAAGUACUACAGAAGCUACCGGAUCACCCGCCACCGUAUUACUCUGAUUCAAGCCCGCUGCCGAGGCUUCCUCCUCCGACAGACGUUCUGCCGGCGCCUUCGAGCCGUGUUGACCAUCCAGGCCUACACCAGAGGCAUGAUAGCCAGACGCCUCUGCCAGAGGCUAAGGGCCGAGCGGCAGCAUCGGCUGGAGGCAGAGCGCCAGCGCCUGGCCGAGGAGGAGCUGCUGAGGAACCAGAUGACGAUCCGGCGGGCCAAGGCCGAGGCUGAACGGAAACACCAGGUGAGGCUCGACCAGCUGGCCCUGCAGCAGGAGGAGAGGGAGCGGGAGGAGAAGGAGGAGUCGAGGAGGAAGAAGGAGCUGCUGGAGCAGAUGGAGAGGGAGAAGGAGCGGCCCGUUGACCACUCGGACAUGGUCGACCAGAUGUUCGGUUUCCUCGGGGACUCGGGACCAUUACCGAACCAAGAUGGGCAAGGACCAGCUGGUUUUGAGGACUUGGAGAAGACGCCUCGAGGUGAGGAAGCAGAAGAGCUGCUGAACGAAGCUCCUCCACUUCCUGACGAGGACGAAGAAGACUUGUCUGAGUACAAGUUCUCCAAGUUUGCUGCCACCUACUUCCAGGGUGUUUCCACUCACUCCUACAUCAGACGGCCGCUGAAGCAACCUCUGCUGUUUCACGAGGAUGAAGGAGACCAGCUGGCAGCGUUAGCUGUGUGGAUUACCGUGUUGCGGUUUAUGGGGGAUCUUCCAGAGCCAAAAUACCAAAUGGUCAUCAACGACGGCAGCGAAAAGAUCCCAGUCAUGACAAAGAUCUAUGAAACCCUCGGGAAGAGGACCUACAAGAGAGAGCUGCAGGAGCUGCAGGUGGAAGAAGAGAACAGCUCCACGGACACUCAGAAGAGAAACAGCGUCAGACAUAAACUGGUGUCUCUGACGCUGAAGAGGAAAUCAAAGAUCACAGAGGAGGUCACCAGGCGGCUCACGGAGGGCAGCGAUUAUGUUCUGCAGGGGAACAGCAUGCUGGAGGACCGACCCACCUCUAACCUGGAGAAACUUCACUUUAUUAUUGGAAACGGCAUCUUACGGCCGGCCCUCAGAGAUGAGAUCUACUGUCAGAUCUGCAAACAGCUCAGCCAGAACCCAUCCAAAAGCAGCCACGCCCGGGGCUGGAUCCUUCUGUCGCUCUGCGUGGGCUGCUUCGCCCCCUCAGAGAAGUUUGUCAAAUAUUUACGGACCUUUUUGAAGAACGGUCCUCCUGGUUACGCUCCGUACUGUGAAGAACGACUGAGGAGGACUUUUGUCAACCGAACACGAACGCAGCCGCCGUCCUGGUUGGAGCUGCAGGCCACGAAGUCAAAGAAGCCCAUCAUGCUGCCGGUGACCUUCAUGGACGGCACCACGAAGACGCUCCUCGCAGACUCUGCCACCACAGCCUUCGAGCUGUGCAACGCUCUGGCAGACAAGAUCAACCUGAGGGAUCGUUUCGGCUUCUCGCUGUACAUCGCUCUGUUUGACAAGGUGUCGUCUCUUGGAAGUGGCAGCGAUCACGUCAUGGACGCCGUCUCGCAGUGUGAGCAGUACGCGAAGGAGCAGGGCGCGCAGGAGAGGAACGCUCCCUGGAGACUGUUCUUCAGGAAGGAGAUCUUCAGCCCCUGGCAUGACCCCGUCGACGACUACGUUGCCACAAACCUCAUUUACCAGCAAAUCGUCAGAGGGGUGAAGUUUGGAGAGUAUCGCUGCGAGAAGGAAGAUCUGGCAGAGCUGGCCUCUCAGCAGUACUUUGUGGAUUACGGCUCUGAGAUCCUCCAGGAUCGUCUGCUCAGCCUCAUCCCAUCCUACAUCCCCGACAGAGAAAUCACCUCCACAAAAACCACAGAGAAGUGGGCUCAGCUCAUCAUCAGCACCCAUAAAAAGGGAUUACACAACAAACGGAGGCCGAACACACAGAAGGUGAAGGAGGAUGUGGUGGAUUUUGCUCGGCUCAAGUGGCCUUUACUCUUCUCACGUUUCUACGAGGCCUUCAAGUUCUCCGGGCCCAGUCUUCCUAAAAAUGACGUCAUCGUGGCAGUAAACUGGACAGGAGUUUACUUUGUGGACGAACAGGAGCAGGUUCUUCUGGAGCUGUCGUUCCCAGAGAUCACAGCUGUGUCCAGCAGCAGAGGAGGUAAACUCCAGGGUCAGAGUUUUACGUUGGCCACCAUCAAAGGAGACGAGUACACGUUCACCUCCAACAACGCAGAGGACAUCCGGGACCUGGUGGUCACCUUCCUGGAGGGUCUGAGGAAGAGGUCCAAAUAUGUGGUGGGACUGCUGGAUUGUCCAAACCCUGUGGGGGUAGAUUCCACCUUCCUGAGCUUCUCUAAGGGGGAUCUGAUCAUCCUGGACGAACACGACGGAGAGCAUGUGAUGAACUCGGGCUGGGCUCACGGCAUCAACGAUAAAACCAAACAAAGAGGAGACUUCCCUGCUGACUGUGUCUACGUGCUGCCCACCAUCUCCAGGCCACAGUAUGACAUCGUGGCUCUGGUGACGAUGACUCCAGAUCAGAGGAGAGAGUCCAUCAGUCUGUCUCAGAUGAGUCUUUUGGAGCAGGACAAACCGAAGGCCUACACCCUGGAGGAGUUCUCCUACGACCACUUCAGGCCUCCUCCAAAGAGCACUCUGAGCCGCGUGAUGAUCUCUAAAGCUCGAGGGAAGGAGCGUCUGUGGAGCUGCAGCAGAGAGCCCCUCAAACAGCCUCUGCUGAAGAAAGUCCUGGUCCAUGAUGAGCUCUCCCAGGAGGCCUGCCUGGCCUUCACAGCUGUGAUGAAGUAUAUGGGCGACUACCCGUCGAAACGAGCGCGCUCCGUCAACGAACUCACCGAUCAGAUAUUUGAAGGAGCUCUGAAGGCAGAGCCGCUAAAAGAUGAAAUCUACUGUCAGAUUCUCAAACAGCUCACAGAGAAUCAUAUAAAGUACAGCGAGGAGAAGGGCUGGGAGCUGCUGUGGCUCUGCACGGGUCUGUUUCCUCCCAGUAACAUCCUGCUGCCUCACGUCCAGAAGUUCUUCCAGGCCAAGAAACAUCACCUGCUGGCUGCGGACUGCAUGCAGCGGCUGCAGAAAGCCUUACGAAAUGGAUCCAGAAAGUAUCCUCCUCACCUGGUGGAGGUGGAGGCCAUCCAGCACAAAACCACCCAGAUCUUCCACAAGGUUUACUUCCCCGACGACUCAGACGAGGUGUUUGAAGUGGAGUCGAGCACGAAGGCCAAAGAUUUCUGCCACAACAUCUCCGGACGUUUGAUGCUCAAAUCCUCCGAGGGCUUCAGCCUUUUCGUAAAGAUCACAGACAAGGUCAUCAGUGUUCCAGACGGCGACUUCUUCUUCGAUUUUGUCAGACACCUGACAGACUGGAUCAAAAAAGCGAGACACGUGAAAGAUGGAAGUGUAGUCGUGGUGCCUUCACUGACCUACCAGGUGUUUUUCAUGAAGAAGCUGUGGACCAACACGGUGCCAGGCAGAGACUCUAUGGCCGACUCCAUCUUUCACUACUACCAAGAGCUGCCCAAGUAUCUGCGCGGCUACCACAAGUGUUCGAGGGAGGAGGUGCACCAGCUGGCAGCUCUGAUCUACAGAGUCCGGUUCGAAGAGGACAAAUCCAGUUUCCAAAAUAUUUCCAAGAUCCUGAAGGAUCUUGUCCCCCAAGACCAGAUCAGGCUUCUGAGCCCAGAGGACUGGAAGAAGUCCAUCAUGACUCUGUUCAGCAAACAGUCAGGGAAGACGCGUGAAGACGCCAAACUGUCCUUCCUCAAGAUCAUCUACAAGUGGCCCACGUUCGGGUCGGCCUUCUUUGAAGUCAAGCAAACAACCGAUCCAAAUUACCCAGAAACCCUUCUGAUAGCCAUCAACAAACAUGGAGUGAGUCUGAUUGAUCCAAAGACGAAGGACAUCCUCACAACUCACCCGUUCACCAAGAUCUCCAACUGGAGCAGCGGCAACACGUACUUCCACAUCACCAUCGGGAACCUGGUUCGAGGCUGCAAGCUGCUCUGUGAGACGUCACUGGGCUACAAGAUGGACGACCUCCUGACCUCUUACAUCAGCCAGAUGCUGGCCACCAUGACCAAGCAGAGAACUUCCCGAGGCAACAACAGCAAGUGACCACAAGAUGCACGUUCAGCCCCGUCUUAACUCACCUUUUGCCUUUAAAAAAAAAAACUUCUCCAAACGUCUGCGCUGUCGUUGUGUCACAUCAGACAGACACCUGGUAACAACAAUAAAUGGUAAAUUAGAGUCGGCUUUGUGUACUCAACUUUUAAAUCACUUAAACUAUAAUCAAAUAGCUCAGAAGGUCAAACAGUUGUACUUGAGUAAGGAUUUAAACUUUAGUAUUGGUGGAUUC